AUGAACCACUCCGGACCAUUUGAAAGCGAUAACAAUUCAAAUACAGAAGAUCUCGCUAACAAUGGGGUUAUGGUCAUCAUCAACUGUUUUCUCAAUGUUUCGUUGAUUCUCACAGCCAUUCUGGGCAACGCUUUGGUAUUGACCGCCAUUUUAACUACUCCUUCAUUUCGCUCACCCUCCAUGAUUAUGCUCUGCAAUCUCGCUGUUGCAGACUUUCUCGUGGGACUCAUUACUCAACCGUUUUAUAUUAUAAAGGAACUCACUGAAAACCGUCUUUUGGACAUUCUAUGGGAUACGUUAGCCUAUUCCUUUUGCGGAGUCUCACUGCUGAUCAUUACGGCUAUAAGUGUGGACCGUUUCAUGGCUCUUCACUAUCACCUGCGAUAUUCUAGUUUGGUGACUAUAUCUCGUGUUAAAUUUGUGAUAGCUCUGGUAUGGUGCAUCAACUUUCUUUCAUCGGCUGUUUACUUUUCGAACCACUUUAUCUAUCACUUUGCAAUAGCAGUCAUUACGGGAAUUUGUCUUAUAGUUUCCACCUUUUCUUACAUGGGAAUUUAUCGCAUUGUUCGUCGGCAUCGGUUACAGAUUCACACUCAGCAGGAAGCGAUGCAAUGUUCCACUUCUGAAGACGACCUACAUUAUGUGCGAAUGAAGCAAAGUGCGCUUAACACUUUCAUAUUUUACAUAAUUUUAGUCAUGUGCUAUCUUCCAAUGUACAUUCUGUUGACUCUUCAUGGACUCUCACAGAAACCCUGGCCAACUGAGUGGAACUUUGCCACAACUUUGGUGUUUACGAAUUCUUCUAUCAACCCAUUCUUGUUCUGCUGGCGUUUAAGGGAGCUUCGAGGGGCAGCUGUGAAGACAGCGAAAAAGAUUUUCUGCAUACAAAGCGAAUCAGAAUAG